AUGACCGUCCUCGCAGAAGGUGGCUGGCAGGUGGAAUUCAGAGUCACUGUUGGAAAUGACAACGGCUUUGUUGGCAUCGAUGACGUCAUUCUGAGUCCCGAAGCCUGUCCCGAUCCUGUUUCCUGUGACUUCGAAGAUGGCAGUUGCUUGUGGCAGAACUUCGGGGGAAAUAGUUGGAUCACGGGCCGCGUAACCGACGACCCGAGCCAGUCUCCUGCCUUGGGUUUCGCUCCGCCGUACGACCACACGACCGGGACGCCCUAUGGCCACUACCUGUACUUCUACGAUGCCGCGGACUUGCCUGCAGAAGCGAUCACGGCCACCGUCCUUUCCGAAGUCUUCAGCGUCCAACGGCAGUCUUGUUUCUCCUUUUGGAUUCAUAUGUUUGGUGAUAAGGUUGGUCGGCUCACCCUGAAGACCAUACAAGACCAGGGCACCCUAGUCCUUAAAACAAUAGAGGGCUCACAAGGACUUCGCUGGAAAAACAUACAGAUCGAAUUAAGCGUCACUCCCGACCACUGGCUAUCCUUCACGGCAGAGGGCGUUGCUGGCCACACCAACGUUGUAGCAAUAGAUGAUAUUUCACUCUAUGCAGGACCCUGUCUGGAUAAUUCUACGGUCCCUGAUUUCCGCUGCAAUGAUGGUUUGACAAUCCCGCAAGAUCAGGUUUGCGAUUACCGACCGCAAUGUGUGGGCAAAGAAGACGAGCGCUGGUGUGCCAACUGUGACUUUAUGGAGGACACGUGUGGGUGGAAGAGUGUGGAGACCUCAGAAGACCAGUCAAAGCUCUGGUGGCAGAGGAUUUACACAAACAUCACAGGUCCAGAUGAUCCCCACAGCUAUCACAUGGGCGUGUUGAAGAAGAGCGGCAGCGUUGUCAACAAACCGCGACUUUUAACUCGGGUUCUGCAGCCUACGCACCACACCUGCGCGCUGCACUUUGACUAUGAGCUUUAUGCAUAUGACUUUCCAGGCCCUGAGAUUAACAUAUACAUAGAGCACGGAGGAGCCGACCUCACAAAAGUCUUCCGCGCACAAAGCUUCUCUUCGGAGUGGCAGACGCUCGCGCUACCGCUGGGCAGCAUUUCCUCCUCAUACCACCUUCUGAUCGAGGCCGCUGCUUCAAUCGACCUCCUACAGGCAGUCAAUAUCGACGAGAUCCUGCUAUCGAACUGCUGGCCACCGACGCCGUGCGAAGAGGUGCCCGAGGGAUAUACCGUGUGCGAGAAUAAAGCCUGCGUUCCUCCCGAUGCAGUGUGUGACUUCACCGAUGACUGCGGGGACUACACAGACGAAGCGAGUUGUGAUAACUACCCUGCCAGAUGUGCCUUUGAAGACGGUUCGACGUGUGACUGGACUGCCACGGACAUGUUCAACCUGACGGAGGCGCGGCAGAGUACCUUGCCACCUUUCAGAGACCACACACUCAACACUGCCGCUGGUCACUAUCUGCAGAUGCUUAAGUCUGUCGUGACCGGAGCUUUAUACAGUCCUGUCAUUCACCCCUCUGCAGGAUGCCAGCUUCGGUUUUAUCAUGCCUUGGGUGGCAGUACCUCAACCAGCCUGCAUGUAAGGGCCCAGUCAGCAACAAGCAAUGAAAUCCUCACAGAAGAAACUCUCGAAGCCUAUACUACAGAAACAUUUUACUGGCAACGUUAUCAUGCGGAAUUCACCAUCUCCGAAACAUUUUAUUUCGCACUAGUGGGAGACAUUCCGGAGUCGGGCUCCGUUGGUCUCGAUGACAUCUCUCUUUCCCCCGAGUGCCAAGUGAGCCAGGCAACGCCCACGCCGCCCGUUCUUACCACCCCAGACCCGAGUGCGUGUGGAUCAGACCAGUACAAGUGUAAGGGCACUGGAGUCUGCAUUUCUAGAGAUCAGGUAUGUGACUUCAACCUCGACUGCGACCAAGGAGAUGACGAGGAGCUCUGCGGCACCACGACCUUCGAAAACAACACAGGUGGAUGGCAAGACGUUAGCGAGACUAGCUACUCCUGGUCGAGGGUGUACUCUCCCAACGCCCAGUACCCGAAUAACACUGCGCCAAUCACUGAUCACACUGGGGAUGGCGAGGGCUAUUAUAUGUGGGCUCCAGCUAAUCUUGCGGACAUCCCUGAAGCUAUGGCUAUCAUGAAGUCCCCCCCGGCUGGACCUCCUGCCAUGCCCUGCUCUGUAACCUUGUGGUACUACUGCAAAGACACGAUGCCUUCACUUAGCCUUUCUGCUUGGACAGCUGGGAAUUUCAAUGAAAUGAUCAAUUCCAAGGACCUCAGCUGUUCCGGCAACCAAGAAUGGCGUCAGGCUCAGCUUUAUAUAGGAGAACAGAACUACAGGAUUAGUGCUGAGGUGGCGAGCAUCAAGUGGGCCAGUGAUUGGUCGAGCACCAUGUAUGACGCUGCCGUCGAUGAUGUGUCGUUCUCGAAAUGCUCUAAAAACCAGGAGGCAUCAAGGGAUGACAUACAUUGCACAUUCAGUGAGCCCUGCGACCUUUAUCAAUCCAAGAACGACGGCAUGGACUGGAGCACUGAUGUUGAAAAUCACAAUACUUACGCUUUCGUAGCAGGAAACACGCAGUACUCGAGAGCCAUCUUGCAGACGUAUUGGCGCAAACCAUCUGUUGGUUUCUGUUUCUCGUUCAGGUACAUGUUAGAGAGCCAAGGUCAGCUAGAAAUUCUCCUGGUUUACAACGACAACUCGUCAGAUACUCUGUGGAAGCGAGGUGGUGGGAUGGAGUUCUUGGACUGGCGCCACGAACACCUUGAAAUCUCCACGCCUUAUUAUUACCAGGUCUUCAUACUUGCCACAACCCAAGGAACAGCAGACAGAGUAAGAAUUGAUGACGUAGACCUGAUACACAGUCCGUGUCCUCCGUCCCUCACGUGUAACUUCGACGAUGAGUCACAGGUCUGCAUGUGGGAUAACGCCUUUGAAUUGGGAGCGUCUCUGCCGUGGUCCAUCGGCUCGGGAAGUGAGAACAUAUCAGCUGGUCCAGACGUCGAUCAUUCUUGGGGAACACCUCUGGGUCAUUACGUGUAUCUGGACCUGCAGGGAAAUCAAGACGGGGAAAAGGCUUUAUACAAGAAUCCGGAUCCCAUUAACACGACCACCAGUGACGGCGACUGUUUCCGCUUCUGGUUCUACCUUUAUUCCCUCGACGCUGGGAAGGACGUGGGAGAGCUGGGUGUCCGUCUGCUGCUGAACGAGGCGACGCUCUCAGACCGGCUUUGGGAACACAGAUAUAACGGCCGAGAUGGAUGGCAAUACGGAGAGACUACGGUCAAGGAUGAAAAGAACUUUAGGGUUAUACUAGAAGGCUUGAGACUAACUGGCACAGCAGGACACAUGGCCUGGGACGAUCUGAGCGUAGUGAGAGGACCCUGUAAACCACCAGGAACCUGUGACUUCGAGUCCGGACUGUGUGGAUGGGUGGAUGUUCCGGACUCGCAGGGGAACAGCUGGGAGUGGCUGAAGGCAGAGGAAGCCAGCGACGGCGUUUUAGUUGACCACACGACUAACAGCGGAGAAGGCCACUAUAUAUCCUUUGACUUAAAGCAAUGUGCUUUUGGCUCCACCUGUUCUGCUGAACUUGUAAGCAACGACAUCACACCGACUGAUAAUACCUACUGCUUCUCUGUCUUCAUGAACAGUCUCCAGAGUAAUAGUGACACCAAUGUUGUCAGCGUAGAGAUCGUCAAUGUAGAAAGAAACACAUCCCGAGUGGCAGGGACAUUAUAUAAUCCAUUCAACUACGUCUGGAACAACUAUAAAAUCCCACUGAACAACAUCGACUACUUGUUCCACCUGCGCGUGAAGGUUAAGAUGCUUCAGGAUUUCCUUAAUGGCCAAGCAUACAACACCCUGGACGACCUACUGUUAGAAACGGGCAAAUGCGAAUGGACGGGCCUCACGACACUUUCACCUAUCACUACACCUGCACCGGAAUCGAAACUCACCUGUGACUUCGAGAACUCUAACCCCUGUGACUGGACGCAGGACCUGACUGAUGGAGGAGACUGGGUUCUCACCUCAGGGGCGCUUCUCAACUCCGAUCUGGGGCCUCUCGUUGACCAUACGACGCAUCUAUCGGAAGGCCACUUCAUGUACACCAAGUCCAGCGGAGGGAAGCGCACCAUCCGGCUGAUGUCUGAGACGUUCUCGAGCGAAGAAGGAGGAAGCUGUUUCUCUUUCUAUUACUACAUGCAUGGCAACAAACCACCUUUCCUCAAGUUCUAUAUUAUGCAAGACGGAGACAAACCCAGCGGCCUGGCAGACUGGGAACACCGCUCAGAGGUUGGAGAAACGUGGCAGAGAGUCGAAAUCCACAUUCAACAGCACAAACACCUGCAUUACCUGGUGUUGCAGGCCGAGACGCAACAGACUGAGACGGAUGAGGGACACACGGCUAUUGAUGACCUGUUACUAACUGCUGGGUCGUGUCAAGGAUUGGGAGACCACCCGUGUGACUUCGAGACGUCUGACCUCUGUGAAUAUGCCGCCACUGACCUGGACGGAGACUUCUGGGCGUGGGGUUGGGGAACGAAUCAAGAUUUGAAUAAUGCUCCGGAAAUAGAUCACUCGUACGGCUCAACCUACGGCCACUAUGUGUACCUAAGCCACCGUACUAACGAAGUAAAGAGCGAUGCUUUCCUUACAAGUCUUGUAGGUAGCAGCUCUGGUGCCAUGUACGUAUAUCCUGUUUUGUUCAUUUUUGUAUUGUGUAAUCAUGUACAUACUUAUUUUUAG